AUGGGUGCCUAUCUCUAUGGGCGCCUAUCUCUAUGGGCGCCUAUCUCUUUGAGCGCCUAUCUCUAUGGGCGCCUAUCUCUAUUGGCGCCUAUCUCUAGGGGCGCCUAUCUCAAGGGCGCAUAUCUCUAUGGGCGCCCAUCUCUAGGGGCGCCUAUCUCUAUGGGCGCCUAUCUCUAUGGGAGCCAAUCUCUAUGGGCGCCUAUCUCUAUGGGCGCCUAUCUCUAUGGGCGCCUAUCUCUAUGGGCGCCUACCUCUAUGGGCGCCUAUCUCUAUGGGCGCCUAUCUCUAUGGGCGCCUAUCUCUAUGGGCGCUUAUCUCUAUGGGCGCCUAUCUCUAGGGGUGCCAAACUCUAUGGACGCCUAUCUCUAG